AAGUCAACAUAUUAUGUUAAGGCAGUUUUAAUGAAAAUAAUUUUAAUACGCUACAAUUAACUCUCCUGUAGGAUUUGUUUUGAACUUAGUUGUUGUGUCGCCAUAUUGUGAUCUCUAACUACGUGAAGUACUGUAGGGGUACGAUGAGUUCCCUUAAAUUGCAGAAGAGGCUUGCGGCCUCUGUUAUGAGAUGUGGCAAGAAGAAGGUGUGGCUUGAUCCUAAUGAAAUUAAUGAAAUUGCUAACACUAAUUCAAGACAGAACAUUCGUAAGCUGAUUAAGGAUGGUCUUAUCAUCAAGAAACCUGUUGCUGUACACUCCAGAGCUCGUGUCCGCAAGAACACUGAGGCCAGAAGGAAAGGGCGUCAUUGUGGUUUUGGAAAACGGAAGGGUACAGCAAAUGCUCGUAUGCCUCGAAAGGUGCUGUGGAUUAAUCGGAUGAGAGUUUUAAGGCGACUUCUCAAGAAGUAUAGAGAAGCAAAAAAGAUUGACCGUCAUCUGUACCAUCAACUGUACAUGAAAGCUAAGGGUAAUGUCUUCAAGAACAAGCGUGUGCUUAUGGAGUUCAUUCACAAGAAGAAGGCAGAAAAAGCUAGGACAAAAAUGUUGAAUGAUCAAGCAGAAGCAAGGCGACAGAAGGUGAAAGAGGCCAGGAAACGACGUGCCGAAAGAAUAAAUCAGAAGAAGCAGGAGCUGCAUCAGGCUUAUCAACGUGAGGAUGAAACAGCUGCCACAAAAAAGUAGUUUUAUUUUGAGGUUCAAACAUUCUGUAUUAAUUGCAGUGGAAAUAAAACAAAAUUGGUAAUUUGGUACUGGGA